CCGCCCAGCAAGUGGUAAAGUUGUCUUCAGCUUCCUUAAAGUGAAAGUAGGACAGACUUUCUCCAACUCUUCAGUCACAGCAAGCAAAUCUGUGGGAACCUGUGGAGAAAAAAAUUAUGACAGCUAUUGAACUCCAGGGAAACACACAGACAGUGAGACCCCGUAGAAUAAUGGGUCUUUUUAACAAUAUCAAGUUUUUUGUACUGUGUCAUGGGAUGCUCCAGUUGGCUCAGCUCCUGGUGUCUGGCUAUCUGAAAGGCUCCAUUACCACUAUUGAGAAAAGAUAUGGAUUCUCCAGCCAGAAAUCAGGACUGCUGGCUGCUUUCAAUGAGGUUGGAAACACGGUUCUCAUCGUGUUUGUGAGUUUCUUCGGGAGCAGGGUUCAUCGGCCAAGAUGUAUUGGAAUUGGAGCACUAAUUGCAAGUGUGGGGGUGUUUCUCAUAGCGAUGCCUCACUUCAUAAGCAGAAAGUAUGAAUAUACCGACUCCAAAAGCUACACCGAACAAAACAGCUCUGGUCUUUGCCAAUCAGAGAGCAUUGCCACAAAUGAAGCAUCCAAUCAGACGUGCAACCGAGAAAAGAGCGACGGCCACCUAGGAGUGUAUCCAGUCCUUCUGAUGGGCCAGUUACUGUUGGGUAUCGGCGGAGUCCCCAUACAACCAUUUGGGAUUUCCUACAUAGAUGAUUAUGCAAAAAGGAGGAAUUCUCCAUUUUACCUAGGUAUACUGUUUGCAGUGACUGUAAUAGGGCCGGCAUUCGGGUACAUGAUGGCCGCUGUCCUUCUUCGUUCCUUUGUUGACAUUGACAAGAUGUCUUCGGCUGAAAUAACUUUAAGAAACGAUGAUCCAAGAUGGGUGGGAGCCUGGUGGCUGGGAUUCCUUGUGGCCGGGACGAUACUUUUGUUAACAUCUUUGCCAUACAUGUUUUUCCCUAGGAAGAUGUUCAAGGAGGAAAUCUCAGACGCUCCAGCAGAACCAUCUUCAGAGAAAAUGACGGAGGAGAAGAAACCCCCAACUGACCCAACAGAGGACAUGUCUCUCACUGAUUUCCUAAAAAGCUUCCCCAAAAUCAUAAUGAGAACUUUGCGAAACCCAAUUUAUCUGUUGAUAGUGCUGGCUCAGGUCAAUCUUGCUGCUAUGGUAGCAGGACUGGCCACCUUUAUGGCCAAAUUCAUAGAGAAGCAAUUCACACAGACAGCCUCCUUCUCCACCAUGAUGAUAGGUGGUUUGAAUAUUCCUUCAGCCAUGUUGGGCAUAAUGGCUGGAGGAGUUAUCUUCCGUAGAGUGAGUCUGUCCGUCAAAUCUUCUGCCGUGAUGUGCACAGCAGCGGUUCUUCUCAGCAUUGUAUCUGCACUUCCACUUCUUUUCCUCGGCUGCCCCACACAGAAUAUUUUUAACCUCAACUAUUUUGGAGAUGACUCUCUAGGGUGCAAAUCAUGUUCCUGCUCUGAUGAAGCUUUCAACCCUGUGUGUGGCUCAGAUGGAAUUGAGUUUCGUUCCCCUUGCUAUGCAGGCUGCAGGACAGAAGUACUCGAGAUUAAUACAUCAAAGGUUUUGAACUACACAGACUGUGAAUGUGUGGCAUCAGGAUCCCCUCGCUUUGCCACACCAGGAACAUGUGGAAGCGGCUGCGCUAACCGUCUCAUUCCUUUCAUGAUCUUCUCAUCCAUCACAUGCUUUGUGGCUUCUCUAGCUCACACUCCAUCAUUUAUGAUGAUACUCAGGACUGUGACUCCACAGGACAAGUCCUUUGCAUUGGGAAUUCAGUUCAUGCUGUUUAGAGUGCUUGCCUUCCUCCCAGCACCUGUGCUGUAUGGACGUGCCAUCGAUAGCACCUGCAUUCUGUGGGGAAAGAAAUGUGGCCAUACAACAUCAUGUAGCUAUUACAAUUUAGACCUUUUCAGAAACAGAUUCCUGGGACUCCAGAUUUUCUUUUUGUUUGGUGGCUUCAUCUGUUUCCUUCUGUCUUUUCUGGUGCUUCGAAGGAUAAAUACACCGCUUACCAACCAAAUAAAUGACGAGAGCAAAGAUGAAAGUUCCUUAGAUAUAAAAGAUGCAAAACAACCGUUGACCACUUCAGAUGGAGACUGCAAAAUGCCAAAAUGUGUUUAAACGGCAGUAAACAGAAGGAAGAAAAACUCCAUUUAAGGACUGAAAGGAGUGAAGCAAUAACUGACAUUGAGAUCUGGAGAUCUUUCAUGUUUCCUUGGUAAUCUGGCUGUACCUUAUGCAGCUCUUCAUGCUAAAACAGGCCAAGUUAAAGACACAGGAUGAAUCCCAGCCUAUUCAUUUCUGUUUACAAACGUUUUCAAUGAAAAAGUUUUUUUUUCAAUGAAACAUAAUAAUGCAGGGAACCAUAUUCCUCUGCCAAAAAACAUGUUAAUGUGUUUGUAAAACACGUCUUUACACACUGGUUAUCAGUGAGAACAAGGUAUUGGGACUGUGAGACUAAAUAUGCUUUUAUACGCUUACAAUGUGAAAAUGGUGUUGUUUGAACUUACUGUUAAGUUUAGACAAGGAGCCGUGUACAUAGAGAGGUGAAUGACUAUGAAUUAUCGUUUCGGAUCCCUUUUAUUAUUUACAUACAGUAUGUUAUGCUUUCAUGACAAAGCUGUUUGGUAACUUUUAUAUUGUUUUAUUAUGGUCUAUAUGCACACUAAUAGAGGCAUUCUUUUGUUUCAGUAUAUUUAUCUCUUUAUAUAUCUCUUUAAAGGUUUCAGUGUAAGCAACAUGUAUUCACACAGUAAUAGUAUAAUUCUGAAUAUAUGAAAAGUUCAGAUUCACUGUGGUAAACUUUACAGAUUGCAAGUCACAUGAUUAUAUGUGCAAUAUAUUUAAAUCUUUACAUUUAAAUAGAGUGGGGUGGUUUUCUGGACAGGGCCUAAAAAAAUGCAUGUUUGGCUCAAUUAAAAAUCACCUUGCAGUUACAUAUCUUAAUAUAUCAGUGCCAUUUCUUUUUUUUUUUUGUCUCAAAAUGCACAACAGUGAAGUUUUUUUCUGGGGUAUUUUUGUAAAAACUACUUUAAUGUCCUAAUAUAACUAGUCCUGGAUUAAUCUGUCUGGGAAACUGCCCCAAUGUGUGGGUUGUGGAGGCUUUAACCUGCUGAAUUAAAAUAAAAAUUUCAGAUUUCAUAAGUGACAUAUUUUGUUUUGUACAGUAAGUCUCGUGUACAAUAUUAAAAAAAUCAUUAACAUGACAAAUGUGACAUCUAAUGAUGAUCAAAUGUAGCAAUUAAUCAAAUGAAAAGUGAGCAAAGUAUUACAUUUCUUAUUGCAUAUGGUAAUGGCUUGUUUUAAAUAAAAAUAUUGUUUAACAUC